AUGCCGCAAAGAGGAGAAGGGAGGAAAAUCGAUCAACCGGCCAACGACAUGCGUGCCACCAGCGUGUCUCGCAUGUUGGAGUAUCUCCGCGACGGUAGUGGCUGGCUGGUGAAGUCGUCAGAGCUGGGGUGUGACAGCAGCUCCGUGCGAGCGAGCCCUGUUGACAAGAGGCAGGCAGGAAAUCCGAGCUCGGUGCACAGCUUCCUCAAUUUUCCUCCUCAAGCCCAUUCUUUGGUAAUUGCUUUCGCGGCCGACGAGGACGAUGGCGGUUACUCAGUCGUGCCUGCCUGA